AUGGCCGACGUACAAUUCACCAUAUACGCCUCAUGGACGAAGAACGACAACACUGAAAUAACGGAGAUCUCCGCCUUCGGUGGCGUCUCAUCCGACGAGGAUGACGAACCUAACGAUCUCUUUGGUGAUGACCACGGCAGCGUCGAGGGUCACAUCUGUAUUCAGGGCGACUCGUUCAUAGAGGCCUUUGGCAGACUCCCCGUUCUUUAUGUUCGCUCUGAUGGUACCACUACCAACGUCGACGAGCACGAUGACUGUUACACUAUCUUCUUCAAAUGCAUUGAGGAUCUCUGCAACAAGACUUUUGAGCUGAGAUUCUUCUUCGAUAUAAUUGAGUAA